CUUACUUUAGGCGCCAAUAUUACAGUUUGGUAAGGUGCCGGUAGAGUGCCCGGUACUCUGGUCAAUUAUCGGUAUUAUCAAUUGCAGUCCAGUAAAGCACAACGACUGUGGUCUUAGAAAAAAAUAGCAAAAAUUGCUUGAUAAACAUCUUUUAAGAAAAUAUUUAAACAAUUCAAGUUUGUCAUCGAUUAAGAAAAAUAUACCAAAAUGUCCAAAAAACCAGGUACUACUCAAGCAAUGCAUAAGGUUAUAAUGGUUGGAAGUGGAGGUGUUGGAAAAUCUGCUCUCACAUUACAAUUUAUGUAUGAUGAGUUUGUGGAAGAUUAUGAACCUACAAAAGCAGAUUCUUAUAGAAAGAAAGUUGUGUUAGAUGCGGAAGAAGUACAAAUAGAUAUAUUAGAUACUGCAGGACAAGAAGAUUAUGCAGCAAUUCGAGAUAAUUAUUUUCGAAGUGGAGAAGGAUUUCUUUGUGUAUUUUCUAUAACAGAGGAUGAUAGUUUUCAAGCUACGCAAGAAUUUAGGGAACAGAUCCUUAGAGUAAAAAAUGAUGAAAACAUUCCAUUUUUACGUGGGAAUAAAAGUGAUUUACAAGAAAAAAGAAAAGUUGGUUUAAAUGAAGCUCAAGCCAGAGCAGAACAAUGGGGUGUACCAUAUGUAGAAACAAGUGCAAAGACAAAAGAAAAUGUUGAUAAGGUAUUUUUUGAUUUAAUGCGUGCAAUAGCUGCACGUAAAGCGCAAGAAAAUCAAGGAGAUGGAAGUGAACGUAAGAAGAAAAGAAAUUGCUGUAUUUUGCUCUAACAAAUGUAAAAGAAGCUUUUAUAAUGGAACGUUCGACUUCUAAUUGAAAAAACCUGAGUAAGAGAAGUGUAUUUGUAUACAUACAUACAUAUAUACAAAUAUAUUAUACAAAUGCAUCAUAUAUAUAUAUAUACACAUACAGAAGAAAGUUUUCUGACACUUUACAGUGAAUUGACACUAAAAAUAAAACAAUUGCAUUAAGAACACAUAAUUUACAUAUUAUUUAAUAAUUAUUAUAUUAAUAAUUGUAAACUUAUACUCUUUUUCAUCAAACUAUUAAUUGUUUAAUUUGUAAUGCACUGGUGCAUAUAAUUAUAAUUCAUACAUACAACCGUUAAUUUAUGUCAUAUUUUUGUAAUCAUUAAGAAAGAGUAAAAGUUUUAAAUAA